AUUUAUGUAGUUCGUUGUAGUCUAGCUCUAGCUCUACCUCUAGGGACGAAAUUUCGUGUAAUCAGAUUGGUGCGUAUCAUUAAUUUUUCGCUAAUUAGAUUGGUUAAAGUAAAGGAAAAUGGCGACUCCGCCGGAGCAACUUUCCUCGUCACAGGAGGUGGAAACUCUCGUGAAGGAGCUGCAAGCACGAAUUCCGCGUUUGCUUUUCGCUGGAUUGGACAUCUUCCCGCUCGCUGGUGGGGGCGGGAGCUACAAUUCGCAGUGCUUUUUGCCAGCAGGAAGCGCAAGAAAUUCUUCUAACGCCGUUCUUGAGAACACGCACGUCGACGCACGAGGUGAUUGUAGUACAUCGAGCCCUGCACCUGCAGGUAGAGCAGAAAUAUCCACGAGGACGCACCACGUGAUCGCCGUCUGCUCAACCCCAGUUGAAGCGCGUUUGCAGAUUUUCGACAAGCUCCAAGAGAUCGUAAGCGGGAAGCAAGUGGCAACGUUGCAACCGAGACAGGAGGUCUUCGAGAUUUUUUCACCGAAGGCGGACGACGAGGGCCCUUGUUCCUCUAAAACAAGCCCUGAAGUGGUGGUCGGAACAAAGGAUGAAAGUGGACGAAAACUACAGGAAGGCGGUAUCAAAAACGUGGCUUCUCUUGAAAAAGAUUCUACUACUAGGGCUUCUGCGAAGCAGUUGCAGGAGACUCCUUCUCCAACAUCAUCGAGAGGACCACGUCGAGUGCUUGUUUCCGUCUCGUGGCAUGACAUAACCCAGUUUGCGCACUUGCUGGUGAAGGGCAAUCCCGGCGUGCUGGAGGUGCUGUACCGUUGGAGUAUCGAAAGGUUUUUUUUAUUAGGUUCGGAUCGAGAAAAGCAAAUAAAGAGAAGUCGGGCCGGCAGCGAGCGGGGGCAACAAGAAGUCGCGGCUGCAUCUAAGUAUCAAGAAGGAUUUGACCCAGAUCUAUUACAUUACUUUGCCAACAAGAAGUCGCCUGGUGGCACAACCGUUCUUGAACCAGCUGCAAGCCGUCCGCGCGAAACAGAUGUAGUUGCCGGAGAAAUCUUUGGUACGACGACCCUGUUCGUCUCAGACGACUUUCUCCCGAUCAUUCAGACCAUUUGUCCCCCUCCGGUGCUAGAGGCGCUGCUGAAACACAAGUGCUACCGCUAUGGGAUUCUCAAAUGUGAAAUUGCUCUCUGUUACAUUACAAUUUGGUCAUGCAGGAAUAGCAAAAGCGAGAGGGAGGAGGGGGACGAGAGCGUGCGCGUAUUGCAUUACGCGUUUGGCGCGGAUUCCUAUACUAGUUAGGCCCAGUCCCAGCAUCGAGUUCUUCUUGUCAUGCGAAGCAGCUCGAUCGCGUGGACGGUGGUAGUGAUUUGGCGUGACAAUAAACCAAGUAUACCUACAGUGCUGAUGAAUGUGAGAACAUUUGAGCAUCCCAUAACCGCUGCGCGUGCGCCGGGCCGUUGUUGAGUCUGGUGAAGGCGGGAAAAUGGAUGUCGGCGAAGAACUCCAAGGGGAGAGAAAAGGUAAAUGCCAAUUAUAAAAAAAAGCCGAGCACGCAAGGCGGAAAGCCCAACGAGCUGGGAGCAGGGGAUGGAGCCGCGCCUCCUAUACUAGAAGAGGCAGUACUACACCCACGAACAAAAGAACCGCCGUCAACUGCAGCCAAUCUAUUUCUCUCCGCCGAGGAAACUACACUGUGUACCGCUUUGGCGCAGCGUGCGGCUUUUGGGAUCGACAAAAGUGUGCUUCCGGAUUCUUUUUCACGCCUCUGCUGCGGUGAAACCACUGAAGGACCACCCAGUAAUUCGCCCAGUAUAGCUUCUGAUGUCGUGGUGCCAGAGAUUUUUGAAAAGGCGGAGAUGCGUGAGCUUGCUUCCUUCCUGAUGACGGCAGCAACAAAGUCGAAGGAUGGACUGCUGGUUGAUUUUGCGUCGAAGGUGCAAGAGGACCAAAAUGUUGACGUUGACAGAAUGGUGGACAAGCAGAUGAAAACCACGUUGGAAAUCACCUCCCUCGACAGUCUCUCGGUCGCCUUAGACGACUGGGUGGACCGGAUUCGGGCCCGGGAUUUCCAAAACUUUGCCGCCAAGAGUACAACUACACCGAUCAGCCCCGGCGCUUUGAAGAAAUUGAAUCUGACCUCCGCCCCGCAAGAACUACACGACUACCUGCCCUUGACCUACGGCACGCUGCCCGCCUCCUGGGCGUCGCGACUGCGGGCGAAGUGGCCGCGGAACGCGGAAUUGGUGUUUCUGGCGCAAACGGGUUCCUUUUUGUACGACCUGCACACGAAGACUUCCGACGAAGACUACUCGAUCAUCUUUCUCGCCAGCUCCGGCGACCUUUGCUCCCGGGUUCCCGGCCCGACGCAGUUCCAGUUCCACCAGGCUGCCUCCGGUGGGUUUGCCAGCGACAAAUUCGGCACGGUGGAGUACAUAUCCUGUGCAUGAGUAUCGUACUCGUAGUACUCGCAUUGAUGCAUUACAAAUUUCUUUCUCAAGAAGUUAAUCUCGUGCUGAGAAAGUUUGUAUUGCAAUGAAUUCAUACUAGUACGAUACUUUUGCAAUGCAUAGUACACGGGGCGGGAAUUGGGAGCGUUUUUGUGUGAGCUCUGCAAGGGGAACCCACGCAACUUGGAGAUGUUGUUCACGCGGAAGCGCUAUCCUGCGCCAAAGCAUCUGCAUCUGUAAAACUGCACUCGUGAUGAAAUCUAACUUGCUACCUGGUCUAGCAUGACAAGUGAAGUUUUGCAUUGUUGUUUUUGAAAAAUAAAUUUGCCAUGCAAUCAUUCAUACAACAAGUAGAAGUACGAUGCUUAUGCUUUUCGAAUUUUGCAUUGCAUAAGCACUUCGAGGGGAGCUCCGUCUGGGUGGAACUCGUGCAAAAGCGGCGGAUGUUCCUGACGCUACGAAGCGUGGCGCAGUAUCUUGGCUUCAUUGGGGAAAGACUGUAUCGGGCGAAGAAGGAGGUGGCGGAGUGGCCGGAAAUUCUUCUGGCUGAAGAGGAAGAUAAAGACGGAAAGUUUGUGGAGCUGAAUGGGAAUAAAGAGCGUGGCGGUGUGGCGCAAAAGACUACAGGAGGUGGACAAGAGGGCGUCAGCGUUCUCCCCGCGGCGCCCUCGCACCAGAUGACUAUGUCCCCCUUGGACCUGUCCGAGCAAGAGACGCAAGCCGCCAAACGCGUCUCCAAGCUUCUCUACCAUGCGUGGCACAAGAUUUUUGAGUUGCAGCGGAUUCUAAACUUAGAAGAGCCGCUGGUGAAAUUGGAGGGGAAACAACACGAAUUUGUGAUGCAGAGUCGGCUCGGGUGCUUGCCGAGAAGCCGGGAAGAGGCGGAAGGGUUUUUGCGGGAGCCGCUGCAGAAGUACGCAGCAUUGAAAGAAAAAGCGGAAGUAACGAAGAUGAAAAAGCUCCUACCCGCGGAAGUGGACGUGAAAAAGCUCUCGGAUUGGCUUUUCACCGUCCGCCUGCGGGAAACGGCGGACAAGCAUCGGGAUAAUUUGAUGACAGGUAUGUUUGCCGAAACGGCGAACUCUUUCGAAGAAGAUUCUCCACGGUCUAUAAUACGGGAAUUAUCUUCUGGGAGCACGGUCGGAGAGAAGAUGAUAGUGGGUGCUGUUCUGCCUAGUACGAGCGGAACUACUUUCACGCCGCCUGUUCGCGGCGGUAUUAAAAGUGUUGAACAUCUUCAAAGCGGCACGCUUCACUUAACCCCUGCGGAACAAGGGAAACAUCAUCUUCAAACCGUUGGAACUACGUCGAGGUCGCUGGAUCAGGAACCUGGCGUGAUUCCGACGCCAGUAUCAGCCACCACAUUCCCUGUAGAAGGAGUGGAUGCGACGUCCGGGAGGCAGAGCUGCAACAUGGUCCAGUUGUUGCACCCCACCCGAUCCAGUUCCGGCAAAGAAAUAAGCGAGCAAAUUCAGCAGAUCCUUGCGCAAAUCGAAGCAGAGGAGAAGAUAAAAAUUCUCCACGCGGGCUACGCCUGCUGUUCGCAGCUGCUUGGUACGGCAACCGAAACCAGUGACCACGACGUGCAUGUAAUUUUCGCGCAUGACAGUCACCAGGCCUAUUUCUCCUUUCUGGAGCCGGUCCAGAAAUUUCGGAAGGUCUUUCCAUCGUUCACUUGCGGGUCCGCGUGGUCCUCGACGUCCGCUGGAGCUACUGGUAGUAGUUUUCCUGAACAUCAAGAGUCUAGUAGCACGAUUUCAGAUCAUCUAGUUGUACCAGGAGCGACGUCUACCACAACAAAUUCCAGUAGCAGUGCCAUCGACAUCGAGAUUUCUGGUUGGGAGAUCCGGCAUAUGACAGUGCACAACUCCCCCUCCCCCUCAUUUGUAUAGCAUGAACGGCAAUACAAGCAUCAGCAACAAUGCCGGUUUUGCAUGACAGAUUUGCACUAGAGUAUAGUGCUAUUUGGACUACCAGAACUUGUCAUGCACACAGUGCCAAGUGGCAAAGGGUGGAUUGGGUAUUUUGCAUGACGAAUGAGGGGGAGGGGGAGUUGUGCACUGUCAUACGGCACUCGUGCAAGAUGCUGACUACCUCGAACCCGUCCAUGGUGCAUUUGCUGUUUUCUCCGGUGCUGUUUCGCACGACUGAAGCGAUUCAGCGCAUCUUACUCCCGUUCGCGCGCCAGCAGCUCGAUCGACACCAACUGUGCCUGGCGUGGUGGAACCACGGGAAGCAGAAUUACCGGGACUUCGUGAAGUUCGCGGAGAAACCGAAGUGGAAAAAGUUCGUGCACGUACUGCGGCCGCUCUUCUCGGUGCUGUGGACGAUGAUGGGGGUCUACAACAACUCUGAUCUUCAUGGGGGCGCAGAAAUAACCACCGAGACCACUAAGGGGGCACACGACAGCAGCAACAAGGAUCAUGCCCCCGAAGAUGAAAAGGUCUGUCCGCCGGCCCGGUUUUUGGAUCUGGUGGCUGAAGUCGCUGAUCAAAUAGCGAUACCAGACGAGGAGGAAGGUUGUACAACUACUUCCCCGACGGCACUCGCACUACCACCAGUCGAGUUAAUGGAAGCUCUGGUUGCAAAAACCACCGGUGGGCCGACUGCUACUGACGAUAAACAUCAGCACUGGGGCGAUACUAACGACAAACGCGACUACCAAGAACUCAAACAAGAUACAGAAGAACACGAGCUCAAACAGAAACUGCAGGAUUUUAUCGAGGUUAUGAUCAAAAGGACAGAACAAAUUUUGCAACAAAAUGGCAUCCGAACAACCGGCCGCAGUAAGGACCAGAGUUCGAGAGGGAAGCAAGCGCAGGACGACGCAAUCUCCGAAUGGAAUCAAGUGUGCAUUGCUGUUUUGGAGAACUGCCUGAUAAAAAACGAAACUGAAAUGAAAAGUACGUGAAAAAUAAUGAAAAGAGGCGCGUCGUCUACGUUCUUGUACAACCUGUUUCUGUACGUACGUCGACGUACGAUGAAGGUAAAGUGCACCUGUUCUAGCUAUUUAGAAUGUUUGCUUGUUCGUCAGAUCCCGU